ACACACACACACACUGACCAUGUGACGCGAAUGCCCCUUGUUCCGCUUACGGAGGGAGGGAGGAGGGCGGCAGCAGUUCAAUGUAAACCUUCUCACCGAUGGAGGGAAGCGGUCAACAUCAGGAGCAGAGUCACUGACUGCAGUUUCUCCAAAUGUGUAAUUUUCUUUCUCCAGCGCGGAUUAUAACUCCGGGAGACCUCGGCCUCUAAUGGGGAACAGCUGCAUUAACUAGUGGACACACUUCCAUUAACUGUUUUUCUUUGCCGCCGGCCAGGUCACCGAGCUGCGCACGCACUGUGGGCUUAUCCACCGACACCCGGCAGGAAGAGGGACAGUAAACUGACUAUUUAGUGUCCUAAAGUGGCACUUUUUUUCUACUUCUGCUAGAGAGACCGGAUCACGUGGUCAGGUGACCUCGAAGCUGCUUGUUAUCGGUCGCUUAAAAGCCUCGAGGAAGUUCAAGAGGAGAGGAAAGGAUUGUUAGAUAUUUUCUGAUCAAGCGGUAGAUGAAGGGAUGAAGAGACACCUGACAAACAUGGCUGCAAGAGUGCUAAUUGGCCCGGAACAUGCAGAUGCUGUUUGCAGGCAAAACAGCAGCAGCUCCCAGGCUGAGGGUUAACUUGUCACAGACAUUACCUCAUUAAAUGACUCUGUCCUGACUCACAUAGGAGUCAGGGGCUGCAGGCCACAGCAUGGGCAACUCCUCCAGGAAGGGAGAGGGAGACGAAGAAGAGCAGGGGGGGAAGGAUGGCGAGGAGGCGGAAAUCACAGAGAGGAAGAAAGAAGAGGUGGAGGAAGAGCUCCCGCUGGGGGUGGAGGAGUUGUUUGAGAGUGGAGAUCCCGUGCUGGACUUGAGCUACCGUAAAUUCAAGCGAUUACCGUCACGUGUUUGUGGACUGAUGCAUCUGGAGAAGCUGUAUGUUUGUGGAAACAGCCUGCGCACUCUGCCGGACAGCAUCUCCCAGCUGCAAGGUCUGCGCAUACUCGCCCUCGACUUCAACAAGAUGGAGGACGUUCCUCAGGCUGUCUGCCAGCUCACUAACCUCACUCGCCUCUACCUGGGCAGCAACCGGCUGAUGAGCCUCCCGGCUGAGCUGAGGAACCUGCAAAGUCUGCGCUGCCUGUGGGUGGAGAGCAACUACUUCCAGAGGUUUCCACGGGAGCUCUACGACCUGCCCCACCUCAAGUCCCUUCAGAUUGGGGACAACCGAAUGAAGACGCUGCCCUCUGACCUCUGGCGUAUGGAGGCUUUGAGGGGAUUAUGGCUCUACGGGAACCGCUUUGACACCUUCCCCAAAGUCCUGUUGCGCAUGGAGGGCUUGGAGAUACUAGACCUGGACCGCAACAAGAUAUCAGAGUUCCCCAGCCUGAAGCGUCUCCGAGCCCUGCGCCUGUUCUCCUACGACCACAACCCAGUGGAUGGUCCUCCGAAAGUGGGCGAGGAGGUGCUCGUGGUUGGGGAAGGUGCUGCGGAGUUCUUGGAGGCGCGUGAGGCCAGGAAGGAGAGACUACGAAAGGCCGCAGAGAAAGAGGCCGAGGAGUUGGCUCUGGCAGGAGAGGAGCCAGUGAUUCACGGCAUCCUGAAGAACAGCAGCUCCAACUCAAAACAGGCAACAAACGGAGGUGUGGUGACUUUAGGCAAUGCACACACUAAAGAGGAAGAAGCAAAGGAGGAGGAGGAGGAAGAGGAGGAGGAUGGGGAGCUGCCAGUCACUGAGUAUGACGGAGCUGAGCUUGAAUAUGACGAGGAGGGGGUUGAAUAUGAGACAGAGGAGUUGAUAUGUGAGGGAGAGGGGUUUGAGUACGAGGGAGAGGAGCUGGAGUAUGAGAGGGCUCAGAUGGACUAUGAGUACGAGGAGCUGGAGGACACAGGGAGGCACGAUGAAGGGGCAUGAAAAACCCCUCAUACAUCUGGACUCAGAGGAUCUGCAGGCAGGUGGAGGUGGAUGACGGAAAAUCCACACAAAAACAUUGAGUGUGCUGCUAAUUCCUUAUCAGUCGUUAACUGUGAAAAUAAAUGAGCACUGAGGCAUUAUGAAACUAUAGACCGUGACAUCUCAAUCGGCUGCAAAUGACCACAUCCGAGCAGGACUCAGGUGGGGUGUGUGUGUGUGUGUGUGUGUGUAUGUGUGUGUGUGUGUGUGUGUGUGUGUGUGUGUGUGUGUGUAUGGCUGUUUUACAUUAGGGGUUUUUUUCUGAGUGUACACAGGAGACCAAGUCUUCCAUUAUUAAAUAUUAACUCAGCUGAUGAAGUCAGUGUCAAUCAUUUAU